AAUUCUUCUCAAUUCUCUUGUGCAUAUACUGAAAAAUCAGAGAAAACAAAAAAAGUUAUUCAGCAGAUAAUACAAGAGAGAGAAGCAAAAGUAGAAUAUGAACCAAUUCGACCAGUCCCUGUCCCUGUAACAACAAAAGAAGCUCCUUCACUGAAGCUAAACACGACAGCCAUUUUGAGGGAAGGAGCAAGGAUACAGAGAUUGGAAGAGGAGGAGGAGAAAAGGUUAGCUGGGCUAGAAGCUGGCGAAAGAGAUACAGCUGAUUAUUUUAAAUGGCAAGGGGAGGUCAAAGAAGAGACAGCAGCUCGAAGACUAGCAGAACAAAAGAAACGACAUUUAGAAGGACAGUUAAGCUAUGAAGAGGCUAUCAUUGCCAAGCAGACCUUUAUACAGGAGACCAAAGACAAAGUUGCCCUCAUGAAGGAAGAGUCUGAGCAGUUUAUGAGCGAAUAUUUCAAAAGAAGGGAGGAUGAGAGAAAGGAAAUGAGACGUCUUGUAGAGGCAACAAUGCUAGGACACCAGAAUGUAAAGGAAGCAAAAAUUAAGCUCCAACAAAUGAAGCAAAGACUCGUUCAAAAGAUGGAGAAAGAAAACCAAGAGCUUUUGAAGAAAGCACUAGAAGAAGAAGAAGCAGAAAUGAGAAGAAAAGUUGAACUGAUCCAACAGAUUAAAGCAAUGGAAAGCAUUCCAGUAUCACGUACCAAAUUUGUAGACUUGACUGAAACAGGAGGACAGGGACUGUUGUCUGAAAUGUCAGUGGUUGAGUUAAGGGAGAGAUUGGCUUUAUUAAAGAUUGCAAAAAGCGAAGAGCAGGAGAGAAAGAAGAAAGGAAUUGCAGCAACAAAAGAGGCUAAGGAAAAGCUACUUCAGGAGGCAAUGACUACAAUAAACAGACACAAAGAGGCUCAGGCAGCUACAGACAAAAUAAAAAAUAUUAAAGGGAAGGAUAGCAAUAAAAAGAACUUAAGUAUUGCUGCUAAAGAUAAAGAGCUUAAUGACUUGCAGGAAAAAUUAGAAUUGAAAAGAAAAGAAAGAGAAAGACUAAGACAAGAAAGUGCAGAUGCAACAAGACAAAAGAAGAACCUUCCAUUAUCAAAUCCUAGUACUCCACUUUCACCACUGGAGACACUACUGAGAGCUGCUGGAUCUACGUAACUAAAAACAUUUUAAUACACUUUAUUUUUUUAUGUAACUGAGAGUAUAAUAAGUAUAACAAAAUAAGAUUAAAUGUUUGAGGAAGUACUAAUACAUGUGCUGGUA